AUGCCUGUCCGUCAACCUCGAAAACGACGCAGGCCAGCCCUAUCAUGCAACGAAUGCCGUCGUCGAAAAGUUAAGUGUGAUCAGAAAGUCCCUUGUACUCCGUGUACCAAAUCAAAGACUGCCUUUUGCAAAUACGAUCCAGACGCAACUCCGAAAGGUAGAGAAGCUCAUCACACGGCACCUACUAACCACACCACUUCAAAUCUACUUCCUCGGGAAAUGAUCGAUACCGCGAGUGCCAGAAAUGUCAAUGGCAUAGCCACUACACAUAUAGCUCCCAAUACUCUUUAUCCAAAUACCGAUUCUCAGAGGACCGGGACCACAUCAACACAGCAAGCAUUCAACCAGAAUUUAGAAAAAGGGCAAAGUGUACAAGAACUCAACGACCGAAUACAACAAUUGGAGACAAUGGUCACUUCUUUGAUCAAUCCAGAGCAAGAGAAAAGUUCGGCCGAGAAUGAUGUCGGCAUCUUUCCCAAGUUAAAAGGCAGCACACAAAAAACUCGACUGUUUACAACGAGCCACUGGAUGAACACUAAAAAAGAAUUUGAUCAAAUCUUAGCCUUGAAGAAAGUCGCAAAACAGAGUCACUCGUCAGAACUCAACGAUGCAUUGAAGAAAUGCAAAGAUCUAGCCAGAGCAAUCAAACGCCAACGUCCAUCCAGCUCCUACACUCUACCAGAUUUCAGAUCUGAGGUGCCGGUUCGAGCAACGGCUGAUCUUCUCGUUCAACUAUACUUCAGGACGUUUGAGUCACUCCACCGGAUUUUGCAUCGACAGUCCUUCUUUCGAGAAUACGAGCAGUAUUGGAACAAUCCAGCGACUGCAAGUGACAGUUUCAUCAUCAAGCUCCUAGUUAUCAUGUCGAUCGGUGCCAUCUUCGCGGAAGAAGAAACUACAUCAAUGCGUUUCCUCGGACUCCAAUGGAUCAACACCGCUCAAGUCUGGCUCAACAGUCCUCUCGACAAAUCACGACUAAACCUCGCCAGCGUCGAAAUUCAAUGUCUCCUCAUCAUCGCUCGUCAAACACAUUCCAUAGGUGGAGACCUACUAUGGAUCUCGGUAGGAUCACUCAUCCGUACAGCAAUGAGCAUAGGUCUACAUCGAGACCCUGCGAAUUUUCCCAAAAUCCCAGUCCUCCAAGCAGAGAUCCGACGACGAAUCUGGGCGACGAUAAUAGAGCUCGCUAUCCAAGCUUCACUCGACUGUGGCAUGCCGCCCAUGAUAUCAUUCGAAGACUUUGAUUGCUCUCCACCUUCAAACUACAACGACGCCAACCUCAUCGAAGGCAUCAAAACCUACCCACCAAAACAUCCCAGCUCCGAAAUGACAGAAUCAUCUCUCCAAAUAACGCUCUUAAAAUCUCUCCCCACACGCCUCAAAAUCUUCACCACAAUAAACGAUGUCCGCACUGAACGCGCUUACGAAAAGGUCCUCGCCUUGAGCACAGAACUUACUUCUUACCUACACACGCACACACCCCUCCACCGAUCCUCAUCCGUUACAACAACGCACAAGUCUCUCCUCGAUCUACACGUCCGUCGCUUCCUCAUCGCUCUGCACCUCCCGUUCGCAAUCCACGCCAAAACGGAUCCUCGUUUCUACUUUUCCAGGAAAAUCGCCCUAGACACAGCUUUACUGAUCUUUUCUUAUCCAUCCUCCGCUGAUUUCGAAGCCAUGAAACUCGUCUCCGGUGGACCCUUCCGAGAAGCGUACUCCCGCGCCUCCUCAGCCAUCUCUCUCGAACUCAUCUCCCAGAUCCAAGAAGACUCCACCUCAGCCUUCCCAUCCACAGCAGCAUUCCCCAUGAUGGAGAUCAGUAAUCCAAGGAAGGGGUUACACGACGUUGUUUCUUCCAUCGUGGAUUUAUCGAGACGGAGAUUAGAGAGGGGAGAGACUAAUGUGAAGGGGUUUCUGUUUUGGUGUAUGGUGCAGGCACAGACGGAUGCUAUGGAGAGGGGAGUGGAUGUUGGGAAUGCGAUUGCGGGGAGGGCGAAGGCGGCUGCGGAGGAGGCGUAUGAUAUUUUGAGGAAGCAGGUGGCGUAUACGCCGACGCCGGGGUCGACGUCGAGUUUGACGCCGCCUGAGUUGAGUGUUGAUUGGGAUGCUUUGAUGCAAGAUACGACGAUGGAUUUCGAUAUUGCGAAUACGUGGUUAUUGGAUAGUUGGGAAACUAUCUAG